AUGGCAAGAGUGAAUAGUUCGCGAACUAAUAAUACGACUGGUAACAAUACAGGAUAUAAGGAAGAGCUAGAUUAUCGGGGACAAAGUGCUCAGUACACAAAAAACAUGAUCAUAUCAAGAUAUAUUGUGGCAUCAGUUACACUGGUUUCGUACUCUGAUCUUUCGUAUAUCCCUCACUUUGGGCGGAAUCCCUCCUUCAAGGUCUCAGAUAAAACCUUUCCCAUUUAUGCUCGGUUACUUUUGGACUAUUCCAGGCGCACUUGGCUCUCUAAUUCCCUGGUAGAGAGAAGAAACAAUCGUUCUGCCCAACACCUUUAUGAAGACAUGGCAAGGAAUCGAGAAAAUAUAAAAGUUUGGAUAUGUAUACAUGUAUGUUGCUGUUAUCUUAUUUGGGCUAAAGACGAAGCACUUUAUGAAAUUGCAAAGGCUAGAGUGAUUAAAUCUUUGACUCGAAUAAUGCAAACACAAACUACUUCUUUGGUUUUCACCAUUUUUCUGUUGCCAGUGCAACUUACCAGUCGUUUGAUAGUAAAAAGGGUACAUAAAGCCAGUCUAGAGCUUGUCUACGUUUGUUCUCCAAAGGAGUUUGAUAAGUAA